AUGGUAUGUUUUUAUUAAUAUUAUUUGUUGAGAAAAGAAAAAAUAUCUUUCUUGUUAAGUUUUUAAUUAAUUUAACUAACGUUAACUUAUGGCAUUAAAGAGUUUGGUUAUGGCUAAAGAUUAAAGAGAAAUAGAAAUAUUUCUGUAAACUUUUACAUCAAAAUACCAGGCUUUUUAAAGUUUAUGAACUAUUUAAAACAACUGUCAAUACUAAUUAUAAAAUGUUUUAAGUACUGAUAUUACCUUCCCUAGCCAAAAUUUAAAUAUUUAGCCGUUUGGCCAAAUCGUAACAGAGCCGGCCCGGGCCAAGAGAACCUUUGUCUAUUGCUACAUAUGUGGCCGUAUGUUCGGGUCAAAGUCCAUCGACAUCCAUCAACCUCAAUGUCUCCAGAAGUGGCGUGUGGAGAAUCAGAAACUACCCAAACAUCAACGACGACCUGAGCCAGUCCAGCCAGAAAUUGUCAGACACUGUAGGUUCAUACUGUCGCAUUUUAAAUUUAAUAUUUGACACAUUUAAGCUUAAUAUUUGACUAUUAAACACCCCCUUGUUUCAGCUGAUGGUCAAGUAAACCACGAAGCAACGAACGCGGCCAUGUACGAAGCGGCCCAACAACAACUGGUCGGAUGUGAACAUUGUGGUCGCACCUUCCAACCCGACCGACUGGCGGUUCAUCAACGUAGUUGUACUGCCGAACGACCUCACAAAAGCCUGGUUGGAGCCCUUAAGUCAAGAAACUCUUCUCCUGCGAGAUACUAA